AUGACUUUCGACGACGACAUGUACGGGACCGAGAAGAGUUUUGGGAGGGGCUCGCAGGCCUCGGAUUAUUAUGGCGAAUCUUCGGUCCAUCGAGACGGCAUUGGGAGGAGAGUCAUCGAGAGCUUCAAGCGGGAUCCCAACUUCAUGAUGACGCCCAAGGGAGCUCUGGGUGCCGAUGGAAAGGUCUUUGAUGUCGAAACUGCAGCCCAAAAUACGGCCAACUCACCACUUGCCCGCAAACUCAAAGGCCGACAUCUGCAGAUGAUAGCCAUCGGUGGUUCCAUAGGGACUGGUCUGUUCGUUGGUUCCGGACAAGCGCUAGCCAACGGUGGUCCAGCAGCGCUGGUCAUCGCGUACUGCAUGGUCGGUCUCAUGCUGUACUGCACCGUCCACGCCUUGGGUGAGAUGGCUGUACUGUUUCCUGUUGCUGGUUCCUUCUCGGCCUAUUCUACUCGGUUCCUCGACCCGGCAUGGGGCUUCGCUAUGGGCUGGAACUAUGCUCUGCAGUGGCUUGUAGUGUUGCCGCUGGAAAUCGUUGCUGCUACCUUUACUAUCGAAUACUGGAAUACCAAGACGGUGAACAACAACGCCUGGGUGGCCAUAUUCCUGGUCUUCAUCGUGGCGAUCAAUCUCUUCGGUGUCAAAGGAUAUGGUGAAGCAGAGUUCAUAUUCGCCAUUAUCAAGAUUGCCGCCGUCAUUGGAUUCAUCAUCCUAGGUAUUAUCAUCAACAUUGGAGGCGGCCCAGAAGGCAGCUACAUUGGUGGAAAGUUCUGGCGUGAUCCUGGCCCUUUCAAUCACGGCUUCAAAGGACUGUGUAGUGUCUUCGUUAACGCAGCCUUUGCUUUCUCCGGAACCGAGCUCGUUGGACUUGCAGCAGCUGAAACCGCUAAUCCCCGAAAGUCACUACCUACUGCUGUCAAGCAGGUCUUCUGGCGCAUCACCCUCUUUUACAUCGUUUCACUCACCAUCGUCGGCCUCAUCGUUCCGUACAACGAUCCACGCCUCCUCCAGGACAGCAACAGCGCUGAUAUCGUCGCAUCCCCUUUUGUUAUUGCAAUCCAAAAUGCUGGAAUCGAUGGACUCCCCUCCGUUUUUAACGCCGUUAUUAUGAUAGCCGUGCUUUCCGUCGGCAACUCUUCUAUCUAUGGCUCGUCACGUACUCUUGCUGCCCUCGCAGAGCAACACCAAGCUCCCAGGAUUUUCGCCUACAUCGAUCGCCAGGGUCGCCCUCUCGUUUCUAUCGCCUUUGCCUCAUCCCUUGGUCUCUUGGCCUUCCUUGCUGGUGCAGACCGCAAACUUCAAGAGAACGCCUUCAACUGGCUUCUUGCGCUCUCUGCUCUUUCUGCCGUCUUCACGUGGCUCUCGAUCUGCGUGGCCCACAUCCGCUUCCGCCAGGGCUGGAAAGUACAAGGGCAUCAGCUCUCCGAACUUGCCUUCAGGUCGCAGCCCGGUGUCAUCGGCUCCUGGAUCGGCGCCAUCCUCAACAUGCUCGUCCUAAUCGCACAAUUCUACGUCUCCACCGCGCCGUUCGACUAUCAAAAGAUGAACACUUCCGGCCGCCUACAGCAUUUCUUCAGCGUGUACCUCGCACUCCCCGUCACAAUAGCGUUCUACAUCCCCUACAAACUCUACUACCGCACCUCCAUCGUGCGAUCACACAACAUGGAUCUGCACACGGGCAUCCGGGAGCUCAAUAUCGCGGAGCUAAUAGAAGAAGAGCGCGAAGAACGCAAGCGGUGGCCGCGGUGGAAGAAGGUGUACAAAUUCCUUUGUUAG